UUAUGUGCAUGCUAUCAUUUGAAUGACAUAAUUUACUUAAUUGCCUGUCAAAUUAAAUGAUAAAAAAGUCCAAUUACAUUCUGUUAAAUAUUAAAACAAACUCUCACAGAAAAUCCGAUUAUAAACAUAAACAAUAUUAGUAACACUUGUCAGUUUUGUCAUUAUUUUAUGUUCCUUCCCAUGUGUAGGAUAAUGGAAACGCACAUGUUUUUUCUACUUUGGAUCUUUGUGAUGCCUUAUUUCACAGACACAACAACAGCUAAAGCUACAAAUCUGGCUUUAUUUGGCAAGGCCACACAGUCGCACCUGGUUGGGAAUCCUUCGGCAUCAUUUGGCCACGCCAGUAAUGCUAUUGAUGGAAAUCGUGACUCAAUUUAUGAACAUGGAUCCUGUACUGCUACUACUACCCAAGAUGACCCAUGGUGGAGGUUAGAUUUACUAGACAAGUACGUAGUGACCUCCAUAACUAUCACGAACAGAAAAGACUGCUGUCCUGAAAGGCUUGAUGGAGCCGAGAUACGGAUCGGAAACUCUCUGCUAAACAACGGCAACAGCAAUCCAUUGGCUGAAAAGAUUUCAUCCAUUCCAGGUGGGAAAUCCCUCACUUUCAAAUGGGAAAAAGGCAUUCCAGGCCGUUACAUCAAUGUGGAAAUACCUGGUCAUAAUCGGCUUCUUACUCUCUGUGAGGUUGAGGUUUACGGUUAUCCAGCUCUUGAUGGUGAAAACGUGGCUUUAGGAGGAGUAGCUACACAGAGUUCCCUCUACUCAUAUGGCCUUGCAUCCAAUGCCAUUGAUGGGAACAGAGAUGGUGUUUACAGUCAUGCAUCUUGUACCCACACUUCAGAAGAGGUCAAUCCCUGGUGGAGACUGAACUUACUGAAAAGACACAAAGUGUUUUCAGUGGUUAUUACAAACACAUUAGACAGUGCUCCUACAAGACUAAAUGGGGCAGAAAUCAGAAUUGGAAACAGUCUGGACAACAAUGGCAAUGAUAAUCCCAGGUGUGCUACGAUCUCUUCCAUUCCUGCUGGGUUUUCCACCUCUUUUGACUGUGACGGGAUGGAAGGACGUUACAUUAAUGUUGUUAUUCCAGGACGGAAAGAAUAUCUUACACUGUGUGAGGUUGAAGUGUACGGAUCACCACUGGAUUGAGAAGAACUUAAACAAUAGGACGUAUAAAAACAAAAUAUUGGUGGCUGGAGAGUUUUACUUCAGAGUUUUAUACCACAGUUUUCAAAACAGGGCAUGUAAUAUUUUAAGCCUCUUUAAUGCACUGCACGCUGCAGAAAGUAUUAGACAGAUUUGUGUGACUUUUGAUCAAAGGACACUGCGGGAAAUGGACAACAUGGAGACUUUUUUGUAAUGUAAUGCAGCUGUGAAAAUUGUGUAGGCUAUUGUAAAAUGAAUGAUAAUUUUGUUAUGAAGUCUGUAGUGUCAGAGCCAAUAUAUUAUAUUUUAUUUACAGUAAACUCCAAAUAAUGAUGUUUUCAAAAAGAUUCCCAGCACUCUAGAUUAACGUAGAUCAAAAAAAAAAAAUUAAUCAUGUAGAACGUAACCAGAAGCGUCGUGGUUGUUUUCAGUCAACUCAUUUUUGACUAAGUUGUAGUUAUUUUGUUGUGCCUCUGGAUGGCAGUGUAAGCAUGUACAUCACCAUUAAACGUGUCAUUAAAAGAAACACGUAUUUUCCUAACUCUCUGAUUGUCAUCUUUAUUUGUUUAUAAGCAUAAUUAAAAAUUAUUAUUUUUUUUAAUUCUCCAUGUUCUGUCAGCUUCUGACUCUAUCUAUCAAUUGACAUGACAAUACAACACCAUAUUGACGAUAGUUUUAUAUAGAUAAUUGGACUGUUGAGUUUUAAUACAGAUAAGUUAAUACGUGUUUUUUUAAUGACCCAUUUAAUGGUGAUGUACAUGGUUCAGUAAGGCCUGCAAAACGUGUUGUUGUAUAGCAGUCCCUGCAAAAUGCUUGAGAUUUCCAUAAAAUAAAAUAAAAAUCUACAAUUAAAAAUAA